AUAUAUGCUUCUGUCCCACGUCGUGCUCCGCACAUCUCCGCUCCGUUCGACUUGACCUCUCGACGUUUGUAUUGAACCUGGUUGGUUGCUGGUGUGAAUUUGGUUGCGAUGGCCGUUGUUGCACACGAACACCUGCAGCAGAGACGACUCAACACUUUUCCCUUCGCCCAAGAUGCCGAGCUGCAAGAUGAUCGGCUCCACUUGCCGUUCCUCUAUCCCCCGCAGCAGUUACCGCUCAGAGACUCGAGAAAAGCGCAACGGAUGCUGGGUUUGGUGACCGAGUUUCCAAGCGAACGCGCUCGAAGAUUAUCGUUACAGCCUCCCCAGCCCCCACCAAAGGAUUCCAGGAAGGCGCAGAAGACGUUGGGCUUGGCGACCGACUCGCCCAGGGAGAAGAGAUGGGAGAGUGAGUUUGGCAGAAGGAGGUUUGAGGCACGGCUGGAACAGAGACUUGAAGUGGCUGAGCGGGAGGUCAGGAGGUUGUCAGGCCUGGAGUGGGAUGAUGGGCAGUGGAAACAGUAUUCGCCCGUGUCGCCGCUUGAGGAGCAAGGACAAAUCCCGGAAGACAACCGGCGCGAGUGGAUACAGAUUGGGCUGGAGCAAAGGGGGCAAGAGGAGGAUCUAGUGCGGUAUGAGGAGCAGCCGGUUGAAGUGCCGUUGCUGCAAUCACCAGAACAACUGCCUCCGGAUGUUUCUCCCAUUACCUACGAGCCGGAGCCGAACCCAGACCCACAGGAAGACCUUCGGCCGCCUCCUCCUGCGAAACCAUCUCGGCCUGUAUCUUUCGCCGCCUCGCAUUUGCACGAUAGACCGACCAACAAGAUCGCCUCCUCCAGAUUCCGCGGUCUUCGAGCCAAUAGCUACCCAAACUUCUCCCGUCCUCUCUCAGGAAUCGCGCCUAAACCCGUGCCCGGAGAGGAGAUAGAGCGGGAUCCGGUAUACAUGCAGUACCAUGAUGAUGAAGUGGGACCACCGACGCCAUCUUCACCUGUCGCGGGACCCGUUGUCUUCGACGACAAGGCGGAUGCAGGAGAAAAGGUGCAUGUGAAGGGACACAAGCCGCGGAAAUGCAGAUGGCAUAGCUUGCCGUUAUCGCUAAUUAAAUUUGGGAAGAGGGCAUCGAAGAGUGAAGACGAUAUUCGCAACGAGAAACAAGGGAAGAAGAAGGGUGUCAAGUUCGACUUAACAGAGGAGAACCUACAGAAAUGGGAAGACGAGGUCGGGUAUGUGCCGAGAAGUUAUAGGAUGGGUUUCGAUAUGCUCGUUAGCCCGAUUGAAGUCGACAUGACUGUCGAACGAGGCACACCAGACCUGCGGAUGCUGCAGCUCCCUGAAUUGCAGCGAUUCGAAAGUCUGAAGGUAAAUCUACCAACCUCGCCCGCGCUCCCCACCGACACUCAAGCACAACCCGACGGGACAAGUCUCGCCACCGUCCCGUCAACGCUCUCCCCUCCCGCACCGCUCGCCAAACAGUCAGCAGCAUCCGUCACGCCCUCAACGUCUAUCAUGCAGACGCCGUCAUCGGUAGAAGGUCCACCCAUGUUCCUCGUCUGCGCCGUCUGCCACGAACCCAAACCUCCGUCGACAUUUCCGAUUCGCCACAUCAGCCUUACAUGCGCGCACCCGCCGCGCACCUGUCAAGGAUGUCUCCAGAGAUGGAUCGAGAUAUGCAUUGAUACGAAGGGGUGGGAUCGAGUUAUUUGUCCAGAGUGCGGGCAGCCAAUGAGCUACGAUGAUAUCAAGACGUUUGCGACGGAGGAGCGGUUUCGGCGGUGAGUCGGGCUUUUCGGGGAAUAGGUAUGACGAUCUCGCGACACGCUCUGCAUUGAGUUCGAUGCCGAACUUCUAUUGGUGUCAACGUCCGGGCUGCGGAUCCGGGCAGAUACACUCCGCC